AAAAAUUGUUUUUAUGCAGAUGAAUGAUGGUUGCCAAUGGAGGAAAUAUGGACAAAAGAUUGCUAAAGGAAACCCUUGCCCUCGUGCUUAUUAUCGCUGCACUGUUGCUCCUUCAUGCCCAGUCAGGAAACAGGUGCAAAGAUGCGCUGAGGAAAUGUCAAUCUUAAUCACCACCUAUGAAGGAACCCACAACCACCCACUUCCAAUGUCAGCAACCGCUAUGGCUUCCACAACUUCUGCAGCCGCUUCCAUGUUAUUGUCUGGCUCAUCAUCGAGCUCUCGGCCUGGCUCCACUGCACCAUCCACCUCCAUCACAGCAGCCAAUAAUAAUCUCCAUGGACUAAACUUUUAUCUAACCGAUAACUUAAAGUCCAAGCAAUUCUAUUUACCCCAUCCUUCAUUAUCAUCUACACCUUCAUGCCCAACAAUCACUGUUGACCUCACCACUGCACCAUCUUCUUCCUCUUCUCCUUUGGGUAGGUUUAUUACAAAUUAUCCCUCAACUGCUCCAAGAUAUUCUUCCACAAGUCUAAGCUUCGGUUCUUCAGAAUCCAACUCAAUGUCGUGGGGCAACAAUUUACUUAGCUAUGGUAGCACUCAGCCAUAUAUCAAAAAUCAGACUGGAAGUUUAAACCCAGGAAUAAGACAACCUAUGGAGAAUAUUCAUCAAUCCUUCUUGCAAAAGAGUAACAUUCCUGCUGCUUCCCAACAAUCUAUACCUGUAGAUACGAUAGCUGCCGCAACCAAAGCUAUAACUGCGGACCCAAGUUUCCAAUCUGCUUUAGUAGCAGCGCUCACAUCAAUCAUUGGAACUGGCGACAGCGGUGGAACGAGUGGUGCAAGUCAGGUUGGCGGAGGUCAGGUUGGCGGAGGAGAUAAUCUUGGUGUAAUGCAGAAACUUAAGUGGGGUGAACAAUUUCCAGUGGCUUCUAGUUACUCAGAGAGUGUGAAAGGCAAUGGUUGCGGAUCAAGCUAUUUGAACAAAUCAUCAACGACGACAAAUACUCAGCCGGGAAGUUUGAUUUUUCUACCACCUUCUUUACCAUUUGCCUCUUCUAAAAGUGCAUCUGCAUCUCCUGCCGAGAAUAGAGAGCAUACAAAUUGAGAUUCAAGCACUCAUUAAUCUUCUUUACAAUCGAAUUUCCACCUAUGUUUAGCCUCGUUUACUUAAUCUUCAUAUUGUGAUGUAUAAUAGAUAAAGAAAUCUGUGCAUACGCACGGAUGGUGCAUGCACAGACAUUGCAGGGAUUCUUUUAAUAUUUUGUUUUUUUUUAA